AUGAACAAAAUAACGUAUUCAAAUUCACAAAGAUAUCACAAUACUUUAAUAACAAGACUUAUACAAGUUAUAAUAAACCCAUUAAUCUUAUUUGGUGGUUAUUCUUUAAUAAUAUUAGUUUUUUAUCAUAUUGUUUGCUUAAAGAUUAAUGAUCGAUAUUCCUUUAAUGAUUCGAAAAGUUCAAAUGUUUCAGUUAUGGGUAUUGAUUUAUCCUUGGAAAAUAAUGAAUUUGAUUUGGGGAAGGUGAUUAACAAUGAUACUGAUACAUAUGUGAAUUCAUUACAAGGUUCAAUUGAAGAAUAUUUGAAUAAUACAACAAAUAUACUUAAUUUCCAACAUGAUUAUAUUAAACAAAAUUUUGAUUCGGUUUUAGAAAUGAAAUGGAAUGAAUCUGAACAGGUAUCACAACAACAAGAUAAAUUUAUUGAUUCUUUGAAGAGUUUAAACAGUUCAAUAAUGGAUCAAUUAACCCAGGAUAAAGAAAAGAUUGAUAAUGCAAAAAACAAUUUCGAUAGUGCAGUUUAUGUUGGUGAUAAAGUUGAUACAUCAAAUUUAACAUUAAAUUUUAAUGAUAUUCAAGACUCUUUAAGUAAUGCAAUUAAUGGAUUUGAUCAACAGAAUGAUAAUAGUUCCUUGUUGCAGCUUUAUGAUUCAAAGGAUGAUUUCAAUGAUGAAUUGAAUGAUGUUUUCGAUGAUGUUAAAACCAAGUUGAAAGAUAUUGAUACUUCAAUCGAUAUUGAUGAUGUGUCAUAUAUGUUGAAAUUAGAACCUCAAUUGAUUGAUUCCCAAACAGCUCAAAACAAUGGAUCGAAUAGUACCAUAUCAAACUUCAAUAUUAAACAAUUCAAACGGGAUUCCACAACAAAUUUAGUUAUAAUUGGAGGAUUUCUUUGUAUCGUUUAUUUCCUUAUAAUGCUUUAUCAAUAUUUCAGAUUUAGGUAUCAAAUGAACUAUACCGUUUCACAUAUGGUUGAUUUGGAGAAAACAGAUUCCAAAUUUGAUUAUCUUGGUGUAUUACAGAAAACUAAUGAACCCACAGUGACGAUGUUUAUGGAUAUUCAGGGUAAAAUAUUUGGUAAGUUGAAUGAUGUUAAAUCUUUUUGGAUUAAUUCAUUUAUGAUUGGUGAUAUUUCAAAUGUUCCAUAUAUGUUUAUGGGAUGUAUGUUUUUGUUUAUCGUUUGGCUAAGUUUGACUAAAUUAGAAAUUCAUGAUGUUUCAUUGGAUAUAACUAAUGAUCAAUCAAUACUUGUGGAGAAAUCAUAUAAUUUGACAAACUUUGAUGAAUUGAAAUCAUUGAAUCAUUAUGAAUUACUUGGAAAACAUAUAAAUAACAUCAACAACCAAACACAAUAUGAAAUCCAAUCAUUAAACGAUUCAUUAGAUGAUUUAUAUUCAAAAUUCAAUAUUACCCAUAUAUUAUCAAUUCCAACACCAAAAAUCCAUGCCCAAAACUUCACAAUCUCAUUACCAACUUCACAAUCAACUCAACAAUUACUAAACCAUCUUCAAACCACAAAAUUCCAAGUAAAAUCCAAUAUUAACGUUUCAAAUUUCCAAACUUCAAAUAUUGUUCAAACUUUAUCACAAAUCAUCAGCUCAACAUUGAUUAAAAUCGUUAGAACAGCACUAAUAAUCGCAGCAAUUCUGUUCUUUUUCGUACUGUUUCUCGGUAUCCUCUAUUCCUUCACAAUUUAG